AAGACAUAAUGUUUACACUAAUCCUACUAAAAUUACCUAUUCUUAAAGAAAUAUCUUACAUCGGCUGCGAUUCCCCCAGCUGCCGUUCGAGCCUCGAUUUGCUAGGCACCAUGUUUGCUCGAGCCAAAGACUCUAUAGACAAAACCAAUUCAUCCGGAAAUGGCUGCCGGAUGUAAGUAGUCCUGUUCGAGCUCGUAAGAAGAAUCUUGACUCCGGCCUGUGUUUUCUUCUCCGCCGAAAUCCUCAACAGCUUCUCAACAACAAAGCCAAUAUCGUGCUCAAACUCCUCCCUCUCAUAGUACCCCACGCCAUCAAUCACGCAGAACAGCACGACCGACUGUGGCAGCUUCCCAACAAGCCACUGGAAGAGCCUGCACAGCUCGUCGAUGUCGCCCAGCUGGAUGAGGUGCUCGUCCAGCUUCUCGCUCGCAAACGACCGCGUGUCGAAGUCGAAUUGGCACAGCAGCUGGCAGAUGAAGUUCUGGAUCACCGCGCGGCCACCGGUGUGCCUAUCCAUGUCGGGAUCCGUAUGCAGACCGCAAAAGAAUAUGAGGGGGAUGAAACGUGGAGCCCUGGCCUCGAGGGACUGCGCGAAGGAAGAGCAGAAGAGCGAGAGCCCGGAGACGUAGCGUUGGCCGUCGUACUCGCCGUGUAUGAGCAGCUGGGAGGAUGUACCGGCCACGACCCAGUCUUUGAACUGGGUUGAGCGGAUGAGCUGCUCGGCCUGGGCUUGCUCGUUGAGAGGCACCCUCAUUUGCCACCUUUCGUUGAUGAGCUUCCGGUCUUCACUUGCGGCGUCGGGAACGUCGAUCCAAUCGAGAAGUUCUUGCGGUCCUAUAAAUUGCUCUGGCUCCACGGUACUGUCAUAUGGCGGAGGGUUUGGCGAAGCUGGGCGCGAGAGUGUGGAAAUAAUGCCGAGAUAAACAGCUCGAUCUUCAUAGGCACGCCUUGAGUGUCAGCCUUUCCUUUCCUGCAAAUAAAUAAGAUAACUUGGUUAAUCUCACCUUCCCUGUUGGUUUUUUGGGUGGCCGCCAGUUCCUCUCUGGUAGCGUUUAGUUGGUCUAGUAAAGGGUCCAGCACUGACAGGAACAUGUCCUUGAUAUGACCCGUUUCUUUGUUGAAAUUCAGUUGUAAGCUUCUGAACACGACGUUGUAGGGGGUGGAUUAGAGCUGAAGAAGGGUAUUUUCUUCACUCACCUUUGAACACCGCCUGGAAUCCUUGCCUAACCAUCCACUUCUCUGAAUUAUUCGCCUGGCUAUUAAGCAGGUUGCUCUUAGACUGAACUGUUUCCAGCGUGUCAAGGGCCUCUUUCUCAUAGUCGCCCCUCUUGAGGAUGGAGCCACCUAUUCGUUUUACUAACGAAUAUCAGUAAUGGUGCGCUGAGCAAUACGAAGAGAAAGAAACAAGCAGAACUAACGAAUAGACUGGAUGAGAAACCCAAUGACAGACUCAAUCGCGGCGAAUGCGGCCACAAUUAGAUCGAUCGAGGCUUCGUCGAUAUUAUCAUCGUCUGGAAAAGUCUGGAGGAAAAGCUCAAUAUCCUGAAACUUCAUAUCAAUAUUAUCGAAUGCGCCGUCCAUGGCCUUUCUGACUUCCGCGGCUUUCUUGACUGCCUAAACUCGAACAAUUAUCAGUGAGCACAGGUUCUCUAGGCAUCGAACUUUCCGAAGAGAGCAGGGUUACCUCUAGAACAAUCUGGAUAGAUCCCACGACCGGUGUUACGAACAAACAGCCCGUCUCUGGCACAAGCUUGGUUACGUCUAGGAGAACGGGAGCGCCAAAAUCAGCUAUUGAGCGAUAUACCCUUCUGAAAGUGCCUUUUAUGCCCUUCUUCUGGAAAUAGCAUUGCUUAGCCUCUUGCAAUGUAUCAAAAACGGCGGUCCAAUCUUUCUUGUCCCGGAUGCUAUAUCCCGCCUCAGCCCGGCCGCUCGGCUCCUUUGCAGCGUCCGGGCCCGCCGUGAACUUGUUCAUAGCACGGACAAAGAGGGAGUCCCAAAAUUUCAAGGCCUUAGCAGGUUCUGCGCGUGGUCUUGGAAUAAGUUGGACAUCGUCUGCUUGCGGCGUGGUGGAAGGCUGCUGCUGCUUCUUCUGCUGUUGCGACUGCAUAGUGGUGUCCGGCCGCGGUGUGAGCACUGGCAUGAAGCUGCCACGGGCCGGGUCGUAGCGGGCGGGAGGCGUUGAAAAUGCGGGGUGAUACUUGUCGAGGCGAUUGUCAAUGAAGUCGACUGCUAAGGACUGUAGUUGCAGGUCUGGUAUGUCCAGUUUAGAUGGCUCCAUCUGAGUGAUGGGCAAUCACUCGCAUCCGGGCGCGGAAUGGCGAGGGGAUUUUCUACAAGGCUGUGCGAAUUCCCUCAUCGAUGAUGGCGGGGGAACUGGAGGCUGAAAGAUGCUGUUUAGCCCAAUUGCUAACCAACACGUCGCGGGACGCAACCAACCUUAGAUAGCCUUGCUCUCUGCUAAAUUGGGGCCGGUUUCUUCGGAUUUUUGCGCCGGAGCUGAAUGGCUACAGCAUCCACGGCGACUGCAGCAUGCACAGUGCUUCACACACGGCUUACUACAUACUAGGCGCCACGCAGCCUUGUCAAUUGGACAAGGACCCUAGUCGUCUCCAGCCGCAGUCUACGGAUUUGAGGGGUCUGCAUGAUUGUGAAUCCUUAGAUGGCACCCUCUUUCCCCCAGUUGCUAUCUUCCCGAGGGAAUGCGGAGCAGCCCUUUCCUCCCAAACUUCAUAAAUAGCUGCUUUCCAAAACCUAUCUGCAUUUUUCGAUCUGUUCUUGCCAAAGUACCGAACAGUCGCCCAGCUGCUCUGUCUAGCUUGUCAGACAUUGGCAUCUUCUCUUGAGUCUACCGUUCUUCAUGUUAAAAUACUAGAGCUGAGAAUUGUUUAAACUGAAAGUGCUAUGGCAGCGCCCCACGACACGGCUGACGCUCUCCUGUCCCUAGCUCCAACAGCCCCAUCGAAUGAUGACGAAGGAGCUUUGGGCAUGACGGUCUCAGAUGAGCCUAGUAAGAGCUUGAACGGCCCUUCACAUUCACCCACGAGCGAUAAAGUCAAAGAUCAAGUUGUGGCCGUCAGUCAAGAACUAGGACUGGCGCCUAAUGUCUCUAACAACAGCCAAUCUGUCAGCAAAGAUAACGAGGGAGAAGACAAGGAAGCCAAUGAAGCUCAUGAGCAGCUAAGGACAUCUGCCCCUCCUUUACUUCUUGAGAUUCGAGCUUUGCAAGAGAGACUGUUCCAGCUAGAACAGCAGGCGAGCCGUCAGCCAAACACCCACGAUCCGGAUAUUGCGGCAGGUGCAGAUACAGGUGCAGAUGUAGAUGGGGAAAUUGAGGGCGAGGAGGAUAAACGGCUCCGAAAAGUCAUAAGGAGAGCUCGCUGGGCUAAGAAGUCAGUGGAAGCAGCCGAAAAAAAAGCUGGGGAAACCGAGAAGGACAGGGCCGAUUAUGCAUACGAAGGCUCGUUCUUAGCCAAAGAACCCACCUUGUACCAGGUGCCAAAUAAAGAUGGGGAUGCGCCUCCCGAUUUUGCGACUCGUAACGAGUAUAGGUUCUGGACCACUGACAACAAAUUAAAUAGGCCGGCACGUGCGAUCCGUCCACUAACAUCACUUCAACCUAUAUACUCUCGCAAACUCGGUCCGCCUACCCAGUGGGAUACUUCUGACAGCGAAGAGUGGAGUGAUGGCUCAACUCGCUCAAGAGACUUCGACUACUUCCGUGCAAGAUUGCGGGGUGACUUCGAAUGGGAGCUCGACCGCCUUCAUGCCCAGAGAAAAAGAUAUGUAAAUCAUAAGGAAAAAAAGAAAGCCGCAGAGGAGCGAGAGAAGCAAGAACAAGAAGAGAAACUUGGACAAGAGAAACUAGCCGAAGCCGGUGCUGUUGUCGGAGACCCACCUACCCAACAAGCUGCACAGUGGGCCGUAGCAAAGCUACACCCUGUUAACUGGGAGAUAUUCAAAGCUCUUCGAUAUGUGUCAGAAGCGUCGUGCUUUGCUAUCGAUAUUCUCAUCGAGGAGCCCAAGAUUUCGGACAAAACUGGGGGAAGACACUCGAAGCCGAACCCCCUAAGCGCCGAUGUCCAGCACCAGCAGACAUCUGGAACAGGUCCUGCGGGAGAACUAGAUGGGCAAGGUCUUCUACCCGAACGCAUAAGAAUCCACUCAAGGCAUCUCAUCAUGAUUCUUGCCCGUAUUCAUGGCUCCAAAUUGGUUUCUGAAGUGGAUUAUAAAAACACGUCGCUUGUCUUGCUCCGACCCUUCAGGCUGCUAAGCUAUUACGACGAGCAAAUACGCGACUGGCACUCCAAGUUGGUAGAUGAAAAUAGUGCACCGAAGUCCGGCAUUGAAGGCUCAAACACCAAUGUUAAUAAAACCGAAAGUUCAGCGGAGAUUCCAAAGCUCGAUGCAGAUCCGAAGGAUACUGAUCAGCCAUCUGAUUCACAACCUAAGAAAGAGCCCACGGUCGAAGACCCACAAGGCUUGAGUACAUCUACUACGGCAUUGGAGCAUAUUCCUUGCCUAUUGGAGUUUAUGGAUACAUAUAUCACCCGGAAGCGAGCAUACUUAAACAGCCCGACCUGUAACAACAUCGCCUUCUCGGAUAUCUGGCACCUUUUCAAACCUGGCGACUUCGUCAUCUCCAACGAUCGCAAACAGGCCUACCGAGUGAUCAAUGUUCACUCCCCCCCACAUAAGGGAACUGAUCGUUGGUCUUAUGUCUAUAACAGCGAGAAAGACAACGAGAAAUCUCGUGCUCAGUCAGACAUCUCAAUCGACUGCGUCUACAUUCACUACGACGGCAAGAAAUUCGGACCAGUCUUGAAGAAAUUCAAGAUUAGAAGGUUCGACGGUGAAAGAUUGGUCACUACGCUCGACAUCUAUCCCUUUCGCUUUCAUACUUCCAGUGGCCUGCGAGGCCCCGCCGUUAAAUCUAAGCAACAAGGCAGCGAUGGGGAAGAAGUCAUGGAGACUUCGAUUGCUCAACUGAGGAAGAAACUCAUUGAACGAGGAGAAAUGUUUGUUGAGGUUGCCGGAGUCAAGCACAUGUAUUACACCGGCCUAACUGUCGAUGAACCCCGGGAUGAAGUCGAGAGUCAGGUCGUAAUCGACUUUGAGGAAGCGUUUGCGUCUGAAAACAGCCGAGAGUGGCGUCCAAAUAUAACGGCCAUCGUAGGUUUCGCCCACAAUCCGGAAGAAGACAGCGAGGAAAUCCUAGGUUGCGAGGCAGACUGCUGCUGGCGUGAAAAUGUCCAUGACGACAGCUAUGUUGAACGUGAGCGCUCUGAGAAGUUUACCAACGACCUAAUAGCCGAAAUGCAGAACGGUCCGCAAGGUAGCUUGCCGUCGGCGACAAUCUAUCCCCGGACCCUGGAAGAAUCUAAGACCAAGAUGAAUAAGUUCACAGAAGAUGAGCUGAUCAUCAUGUCUCAUAAAGUCUUCGGAUUUGUUUUGCGCGAUCGCACUUGGGCACAUCUGGAUCUGACGCAUCUUGAACAUAUCGAUAACCAAGAAGGCGAAGAUGAUAUCGAUGCGGAGGAUGAAGAUUCGGAUGGGGAGUCAGGGGACAAGUCCGCAUUUGGUCGACUUGUGCUUCCCCGUGGCCACAAGAAGAUGGUUCUUUCCCUAAUCGCCCAACACUUUCGAAAUAAGGGUCAGCAAGAUGAGCAGGCUGAUAUUGUCCGCGGCAAAGGGAAGGGUUUAAUCAUCCUCCUCCACGGGGCGCCAGGAGUGGGAAAGACGACUACAGCUGAGGGUGUUGCUGAGAGAUUCAAGAAGCCGCUAUUUCAAAUCACCUGUGGUGACCUUGGAUCGAAUGCUAAGGAAGUAGAGACUGCGUUGCAAACUAAUUUCGCCCUUGCCAACAGAUGGGGCUGCAUUCUUCUUCUCGACGAGGCGGAUGUGUUCCUUGCUGAGCGCCGACGGGAGGAUUUCAAGCGAAAUGGACUUGUCGCAGUCUUCCUCCGAGUGCUGGAAUACUAUGCAGGAAUUCUGUUCUUGACCACUAAUAGAAUUGGCGAUUUCGACGAAGCUUUUGCUUCCCGUAUUCACAUGAGCCUCCACUAUCCAGCGUUGGGCAAGAUCGAGACGAUCAAAGUCUUCAAGCUGAACCUAGGCAUGAUUAGAGACAGGUUCGAAGGCAAGCGAAAGAUCAAGAUUGAGGAAGACGAGAUUAUCGAAGAUAUCGGUGAAUACUUCAUGAAGAACAAGGGGGCACGGUGGAAUGGACGGCAGAUCCGGAAUGCGUGCCAGACAGCUCUUGCGCUCGCCGAGUUCGAGGCCCAGCCGCUCGGCAAGAAGUACGACCUCAAGAAGACCGAGUCGACCACACAGGUGAAGCUCAAGGCCGAGCAUCUGAAAAUCGUCUCCGACGCGUACCUCGAAUUCAUCCAGUACCUCAAGGUCGUUCACGGCACCGACGCCGACACCCACGCUAAAGAGUCGGGCACUCGCGCGCUCGAGACCGUCAUCGCAGCCAUCAAAGCCAGCAAAGGCAUAGCCACAAGUAAAGAUGAGGAGGAAGAGGAGAAACCGCUAAGCAAGUUCAGGCUACAGGGGUCGCGGAGUUCCUCGGGGUGAUCGAAGGAGCAAGAUGAAUAAUCGUGGCUAUAGGGAUUCUUGAGAAGAAAUUGGAUGGUAUAGUUAGUGAACAUCUGAGUCUAUUUGCUAUUACAGUAGGAAUAUAAUA